GUUCCGUGACGUCACGCCGCCCGCGCCGCUGCCGUCGCCGUGCUCGCGCGAGUCUCUCCCCAAUAACCUGGGCUGUAGCUGCGGAUGUGCACAAGGUUUGCCUUCAGUCAUGGCCUUCGGAUUAAAGUGUUAUCGCUUGGUCCACCCUGCCUUUCGCAGUUACCUUGCAGCCUUGACCAGACCUGUUACAGAAGUUACACCAAGAAUAAUGAAUGGAAGACAGCCUGACCAUAGGCAAUUCGUGGCCUGUGCAGCUGUUCCAAGUCGCCAUUUUGCCACCAAGAAAACCAAAGCCAAAGGGAAGGGACAGUCCCAAACUAGAAUGAAUAUUAACACUGCCUUGGUUGAAGAUAUAAUCAACUUGGAAGAGGUUGAUGAAGAAAUGAAGUCUGUGAUGGAAGCACUCAAGGAUAAUUUCAAUAAGACUCUCAAUAUAAGGACCUCUCCAGGAUCCCUUGAUCAUAUCACUGUGGUAACUGCUGAUGGGAAACUUGCUUUAAACCAGAUUAGCCAGAUCUCAAUGAAGUCGCCACAGCUGAUUUUGGUGAAUAUGGCCAGCUUCCCAGAGUGUACAGCUGCAGCUAUCAAGGCUAUAAGAGAAAGUGGAAUGAAUCUGAACCCAGAAGUGGAAGGGACGCUAAUUCGGGUCCCCAUUCCCAAAACACAGGGAAAUGCUGGUGAAACUGGCCAAACAGAACACAAACAAGGCCAAAGACUCCUUACGAAAGGUUCGCACCAACGCAAUGAAUAAGCUGAAAAAAUCAAAGGAUAAGGCCUCGGAGGAUACCAUUAGGCUCAUCGAGAAACAGAUCAGCCAAAUGGCCGACGACACAGUUGCAGAGCUGGACAGGCAUCUGGCAGUGAAGACCAAAGAGCUCCUUGGAUGAAAGUCCAUCAGAGCUCAGCAGCACUCCAGAGUGUGGCUUCUCGUGAUCCCAUGGAUGACAAAUUGGCAACUCUCCCCGCAUCCACGUGGAAGGCUGUCACUGUGCUGUCAGUCCUUGUGAGGCCCAGCUUCCAGUGGGACACACACUUGUUCUCUUCCACCUCUGCCCACUGCAUUGGGCCUGGGCCUUCUGGCAGCAGCCCGUCACAGAGACCAUCUGCCGCUGGCACGGGGCCUUCACCCGGGGCAUUCACCUUCACUGUCAUGUCGCCAAGGGACUGGAGCCAUUGGCAGACUGAGCAGACAUGAGGCUUGUGCCUCAUCUCAGGAACCUCCUCUUCAGACAAUUAGUCAGGUCCUGUCUCUGACUUGGACCUCUUCUUGGACUGAUAGGGCCUUCAUCUGUGCCUGGACACAUUUGCUAGAGGCUCAUUUGUACCAGACAAUAAAAUCUGAAUGAAUUGGAUUAACAACCACAAGGGGAAGGACAGAGUUGAUCUGGAUUGAUGAUCUCUAUGGUUUUGUCUAUAGUAAAGCAACCAGCACAGUACUUUUGCCUCUGGGUCAUCCUCGUACAUACUCUCCUCUGCAUGGACCACUGGACCUCUUCCACUCCUUGCCUGGCCCAUCGUGGUUGCCUUCCCAGUCUUAGCUUGGAUAGCACGUCUUCUGAGAAGUCUUCCUUUCUCCUGACUGGGAUCACUGCCAUCCAUCCUCGUAGCAUGGUCUCCUGCUUUUAAUUUGAACCCUAAUGAUUCUUUUUGCUCAGUUGUCUGUAUAUCCCCAGAAUGAAGCACGACACCGGCUCAUAGCGGACAUUCACGUCUGUGUGUUCGUGUUGUGAAUAAAUUGCUCAUAGUAGCUGCUUGGCAAAUGCUGGCUUCUUUUAUUUCUUGUCUUAACUCUUUUUUUCUGCCGCUUUCUACUCUUGUCCUUAUUUUCAACAUUUACUUAGGAAUGAAAUAUCCUUCCCCCAGGGCCUGCCUAUUGUGGGCACAAGUGGUUUGUUGUGGCUCUUUGUGGAGAACUAGAUUAAGUUAGUUGGAUUUUGUUGCCUUUGUUUUCCUUUCUCUUCUCCUUUCUUCUCUUGUCCUCCUCCUCUCCCUUCCUCCAUUCACCAUCUGACUGCCAUCGUGAGCUAGAUGCAGUCCUAGGCAUUAUUGGUAAUCUUCACAGUGAACUUGAGAGAUGUGUAUUAUUUCCAUUUUACAAACAGGAAAACUGAGACUUGGCAAAAUUAGGUUAUUUGCCUUAAGUAACAAAGCUGGCAAGUGCUGGAGGAUUCCCAUUAUUCACUGCAGGUCCCACUACCGAAGGGAUGUUUCUUGCCCUGGGCUACACAGCUAGUAAGUGACAGAGCUAAGUUUCA